CGGCCAUAUAUUUCAAAAAUCGGGUUGAACCGUACAAGUUGCACCGCAAACCCCAACAACGACCACGACGGGGUGGCUUAACUGGUAUUAUUUGGACCAGCGAGGAGGCGCGUGGGUUCAGAGAGAUUAAGUUAAACGGAGCCGAGGACAAUGCUGUCGUAGAUUCAAACUAAAACCCAUAACUUGUUUCUUCUAUAACCCUGCAAACUGCAAACGACUGUCGUACAACACAGCUAAACAUUAGGGACAUCAAAGAAGAUGCCGGUGAUGGCAAUAUACUGAUAGCGAAGUGAAGCCCAUUUGAGAUUUCAUUGGAUUUGGGGAAGAGAAAUGUCGAAGCUUUUUCAGAGGGUUGCUGGGUUCUUCACCAACAGGACUAUGGUGGGAAUGGACAAAGCUGGCAACCGUUACUUCGCCAAAAAAGAUGAGGUUGAUGGCAUCAUGAAAGAGAAAAGAUGGGUGGUAUUCAAGGGGGAGAAGGACCCAACCUCUAUUCCAGUUCUAAAGAAAGAAGUGGAAAGGAAAGCAAGAGAAGGCAGUACACGCAAAGUCAUCAACACUGAUAAAGUUGGAGGUCCAGAUUUGAAAAGUUUCAUUCGGCAAUUUCGUGUUCCUUCUGAAGGUGAUGAAAAUCAUGAAGAAUCUGUUGCGAUGGAAGGAGUGAGGAACUCGAAAGAGAAAGAAGCUAAAAAAGCAAAACAAGAUCCGGAGUAUGUUCGGUCUAUAGAGCCAAUAGGAUCUGGUCAAACAUUCAGGCCAGGGAUAUGGCAACCACCAACAUGAAGUCACUCCUUGUGUCUAAGCAUAAAACACCGAUGUGUUUUGCCAAUGGCGACCACCAUAGCUGAGUUGUGAGUGAAGCUGUAUGGUUUUAGGGAGAGCUUCUUUUGCGGCACCAUGCAAUACAUGUAUACUUUGUUUUUCCUUUCAGGCCAGAAAAAUGAAAAACCCACGCACAAUACAUCCUUGACCGCGCAUUGAUUGAGUUUUGAUGUACAUGAGUACAAGGAACUUGUAACUUCCUUUUCUUUUUAUGUGCUCGUGCUCUAGGUGAAGGUGUCUUCAAUAGAAUUUUUUUUAAAAAGAGUCAUUAUUCUUGUAGCAAUCCCCGUGUACGUAUGACAUUUACGUGUGAGUUUAUUUUUUCCACCAUGGUGUUUCUGGUCA